AGGCUAUUUACAAAUUCAGUCGUUUAAAAAAUGCCUAGUCAUUUUGUAAAUUACUGGGCAAACUGUAAAUGAAUGAAUAAAUGCAGUGUGUUUUUACCAUUGAACGGAAAAUUUUAGGCGUAUUAUAAAAUGCUGAGUAAGUGUUGGUCUCAUAGUAAAAUAUUUCUGGUUAAUUUAUAAUACGACUGAAAUAAAACUGCGUUAUUUAGGCGUAUUAUAAUACGCCUGUUGGCAAGACAGUAUUAUUGAAUUUAUUAGUUCGAUCAUAAAAUUUAAAAUGCUAGAAGAUACAGACAGCCAUGCCUUCGUUAAUAAAGAGUUGUAUUAUCAAGAACUACAAAAAUUUUAUGAGGCUCACGAAAAAGGUAUUAAGAAGCCGUGGACGUUGAGAAAAGUAGAAGAAAUAAACAAAAUUUUGCAAUCCAGCAGGGAAGCAAAAGAAAAAGGCGAAAAAAGGACCAAUGAGCAGCAUUAUUUCUCGCGUAUUUAUGAAACUAUGAAAAUAGGUGGAGAAACAAUUAUUAUAAAGAAAAGAAAAAGUCCUAAUGAUGAAAUAACUUUUAUAGUGCCGUAUGAGAAAUUUUAUGAAAAAUUAGUUGAAACUCAUAUAAGCAAUGGCCAUGGAGGCCGCGAUAAAAUGCUAAAGUUACUGAAACCAAAAUAUUCAAUUCCUCGGCCAGCAGUAGAAAUUUUUGUUAAGUGUUGUACCACCUGCUCCGAAAAAAAACAGCAGCCAAAAAAAGGAAUACUAGUUAAACCCAUCCUGCCCAUAGGAUGGAAUCACAGAGGACAGAUAGAUUUGAUAGAUUUUCAGUCAACUCCAGAUGGAGACUAUAAAUACUUGUUAAACUAUCAAGAUUAUCUUACAAAAUUUGUUCAUUUAAGACCUUUAAAAUCCAAACGAGUAGAAGAAGUGGCGUCUGAAAUUUUAAAAAUAUUUUUGCAAUUUGGUGCCCCACAAAUUCUACAAAGCAAUAAUGGGAGAGAGUUUGUGAAUGCUGUAAUUGAACAAUUGAGUUCAAGAUGGCAUUCUUGCAAGAUUGUGAAUGGUCGUCCUCGUCACCCACAGUUUCAAGGAAGUGUUGAGAGAUCUAAUCAAGAUGUUGAAAAUAUGCUGAGAGCAUGGCUCAAUGAUAACCAUUCAACAAAUUGGUCAUUAGGUUGUUAUUAUGUGCAAUGGCAAAAAAAUUCUUCUUAUAAUGGGAUUAUAAAACGUACCCCUUACAAAGCAUUGUUUGGCGUAGAUUUUUCACUUGGACUUCUCUCCUCCAACUUACCUAAAGAAAUUGCUAAAAAAAUAACAACUGAAGAGGAUUUAGAAAAAGUGAUGAGUAAAACAAUUUUAGAAGAAAACAUAACCGAAGUCAAAGCCGAAGAAAACGAAAACGUAAGUGAGGAACAUUUCGUAAUAACGAAAACCGAAGAAUAUGACAUGAAGGAUAUCUCAAUUGUUGAACCAGUUUCUUGUGUUAAAUGUACCAAACCAAUUUUACAUGAUUUAACGUUACUAAUGGAAGCUAAUGGAAUAGCGAAGUGUGAAUUGUGCAGAAACGAGGAGAUCAUACAAACACAAAGAACAGGAUGUGUUUCUGGUCAAAAACGGGCUGCAGAAAAUUUUUUUGAAACAACCAACCAAAAGCUUAAACCUUCUAAAUUUGACAGAGGUACUGAUGUACGAUGAAAUUACAUAUUUGGAAGAUUUAUUUAUUUUCUUGAAAUAUGUUUCUUUUUUAUAUUAAUUAAAAUGUUUAACAUUUAA